UUGAGGCGAGCGGUUCUUGCGCGCGCUUCCCCAUCGCCUAACUCUUUAACAGCGAUCAGCUACUAACCCACAGCAGAGACUCAGUAGAAGUCGUAAUCGCAAUCGUAAUCGUCGCGAGCGCAGAGUUCUGAGAGUGUUGUGCCAAUAGAGAUUAAAGACAGACAAUUGUAAAUAAUCGAAAAAAAAAGAAAUAAUAUUUAAAAACUAAAAACAGUAAGCAUUAACCAGCUGAUUGAUUGUGGGCGUUGCACGUUCAAUUCUGAUUCACACUCGGGAAUAAAUCCAGCAUCGAUCAGGGGACUUACGGAUACUCAAACGCCGCAUUGCACUUCCAAGCAGAAGGAAACGAAUCAAGCGAGCAGACAGACGGACAAGAUGAUUUCUCGCCGCAAGAUCAUAUCGCGUUCCCUGGACAAUUUGGAUGCCAUCGGGCAAGAGGAGCAGGAGGAAGACGUCUGGAACGAUCGCGAGAAGCUCUUCAGGGAUCACAUCAACGAGGUUCUGUCCAAGUGGGAGCAGAUCGAUGACGAGAUCUGGGCCAAGAUAAUCGUCUUCGAAAAGAAUCGACGCGUGGCCAAGGCCUACGCCCGCUCCUCUGUGAUAACCAUAAAUGGAUCCAAGAACGGAUUCGAUGGAGUGCGAAUUGGCCUGAAUGGCUUCGACAAUCCCAUGCGUGAUGCCGAGACGAAGGUGAUCAAAAAGUCGAUUGGUGAUGGUUUUAAGAUCAAAAUGGACGACAUUGGCAAUAUAUUCAUUAAGAGGUACGGCAAGAGCAGCGUCUACGUGAACAGCACAUCGCAGGGAAACGAGGAGACGGUGAUCGGCGGCGACAUAAUCCAGAUGCCCCAGAUGUCCCUCACCUCCGGAACUUCGGGCAGACUGUUCGACAUGAAGAAGUUCCAGACGAACAUAAACCGUGAAUUUGCGCGAUCCUAUCCGGAACGUGGAAGAUUGGAGCGCCAGUGCCUGUCGGCCGUUUCGCUGGUCAAGUCAAACAACAAUCUAAUCAACUCCCCCGUCUGGAUACUCGUGGUCAAUGUGGUGGCCAUGGACAUGUUGAGGAGUCGCCUCCAAAGCAUUCCCAAGUCGCUGGAUGCGAUGGGCAUGCGAGUGCCGCUGACCAACAGCAGCGAGGAUCCCUACUCCACCAUCGAGAGCCAGGUGGGAUUGAUCUAUCCCACGCCCGCCGCCUCCGAUGAUUCGCAGAACUCACAGAACUCCCAGAAUUCGAGCAACUCCAGCAAGGGACGUCGCAGCAUCUUCAGUGCCGCCUUCCUCAACGAGGGUCCCUAUGUGCCCAAGCCGGACUACGAGGCCGGUGGAUCGCUGAUGCCCAUUUAUGCGGACAAGAAGCGGCAGAAGAGCAGCGGGGCGCAGCAGCGGAAGAAGCAGGACGAUCCGUACUACUGCGGUCUUCUGGCGAGGAUUCCCAACUUCAUCAAGUCCUCGAAGCAGCCGUGCUCCGCCAGCAAGCCGAAGAAGGAGCCAAAGAUCUCGCGGAAGAUCUCGGCGCAGCAUCAGCACCAGCAUCAGCAUCAGCAAUUCCUGCAGCCGGCGCAACCCAUUCCCAUCGCCACCUUCCACCACUCGUACUUCCCCUACAAACUCUACCCCCCGCAGCACCGUCUCUCCCAGUCGCAAAUGUCCCUCUGGGAUGCACGUAGUCUGAUCAGCGCACAUGAAUGAUCACCUUGGCUGGCCCUAAUUUAUUCAACGUCUAGCAUUAAUUCUACAAUUAUUUAGUCAAAGCCUACGUUUUAGUUUUGGUCAGUGGAGGAUCAUUGGACCAUCGGAUCAUCGGAUUUUGGAGUGCAUUUCGCUCAGUUUUGUGAUAAAUGCAGCGAAAUGCAGCCAUUUAGCGUACACCAGUUAAUACGCCCUAACUCUAAUUAACCGCAGUUAACUUUAAGGCAAGCAGAGAGAUUUAAUGAUUAUGCAAUUUGUAAUGAGUAAUUAAAAUUUUGCCAUAGUUUCUUAAAUCGUUUAAGACUGAGAGAAUGUCCUAGAGCCCACGAAAAGCGCACGAAGAGAUUGGCGGAGAGUCGAGAAUGGGGGCAGAGAAUGUCAUAAGCAAAUUAAUUGCUACUUUAGGCGAGUUCAAUUUAUUGUUUUCUUAUUAUUUUUUGCUGUACAUACAAUUCAUAUGUAAAUAAGUUCGAAUUAAAAACAUGUAAACGAUAUUAGUAUGCAUUAAAAGAAAGUUCUAAAAGUCAA